AUGGCGCCUCUAGUUCCCUCGCAGGACGAGCUGAAGCGUCGCCGACUCAUUGGCAUCAAUGCCGAAACCGUCACCAACAUCCCCUCCACAGAUUUUCCUGGCCACUGGCCCGGAGAGUCGCAUGGCUGGGCAAUCGACGAAUUCCAGAAGAAUUUCCAAGUCGAGUUCCACCGCAAUGAUCAAUUUGAGGCUUCCUUCUCGCUGAUCGGACUCGAUGCCGCGGUCGCCAACGCUUUCCGCCGUAUUCUCAUGGCCGAAAUUCCAACUAUCGCUAUUGAGGAUUGCUUCAUUCACAACAACACCUCUGUCAUUCAAGACGAGGUGCUCGCACAACGUUUGGGUCUGAUCCCACUGAAGGGUUCUGUCGAGGGAAUCAACUGGAUGCAAUGGUUCAAGAAGGCCACCGAGGAGGGCGGGGAGGAAGACGGUCCCUGUGAUUUCAACACUAUUGUGCUCCACCUCGAUGUGGAAUGCUACAAGAAUGAGCACGCAGCCAAGGACGAGCAGGAUCCCCGCAAGCUCUACGCCAACGCCAAUGUUUACGCUAAGGACCUCAUGUUCACCCCCGUUGGUCGCCAAGAGCAAUACUUUGUCGAUGAUGGUGCUAUCGCACCCGUCAACCCGGAUAUUCUGAUUGCCAAGCUGCGUCCCGGUCAGGCUAUCCAGAUGGAACUGCACUGUCAGAAGGGUAUUGGUGCUGAUCACGCCAAGUUCUCCCCGGUUGCCACUGCCUCGUACCGCCUCCUCCCCGAUAUCAAUAUCCAGCGUCCUAUCAUUGGAGACGAUGCGAAGAAGUUCGCCAAGUGCUUCCCCAAGGGUGUUAUUGGUCUUGAGCCCGUCACCUCCGCAGAGGCUGCGAAGCGCGGAAGUGGGUACGAAGGCCACGCCGGCGAGCAAAAGGCUGUUGUCAAGGAUGCCUUCUCGGAUACCGUUAGCAGAGAGUGCUUGCGCCACGAGGAGUUCAAGGACAAGGUCAAACUUGGACGUGUGCGCGACCACUUUAUCUUUAAUGUGGAGAGCACUGGUCAAUUUGACAGUGACGUGCUCUUCCUUGAGGCUGUUAAGGUUCUGAAGUUGAAGUGCAACCGGUGGAAGAGAGGUUUGACCGACCUGAUGGGUUAG